AUGUCUGAAUCGGAAUCGCCUCCUCCGCUGGAGACAGUGUCGGAGCUUGUUCAGCAGGGAUAUAGAGAUGUUUCGCCCACAGCACAAAAUGCCGCCUCGCUCGCCACACUAAGAUUCCUGAGCAACCAUCUAACUGUCGAAUUCACCAGUCUUGACGAGCCUGAGAACUUCUACGAAGACCCAAAGCCCUAUACCGACCAUCAUUGGGCUUGCCCUCUAGGUCCUAACGACAAGGAGGACCCCAAGAAGGAGGACUGGACACCACUGUCGAUCCGAUGCGUCUUUCUGCUGGCCGUAGGACUGAUUCCCAUGUCCAAGACAGUGCUGAAGAACCUGGAACUGCGGCUGGCAUCCUGUAAGGACUGUGCUAUCAACUUUCACAUCAAGCGACACGAGAUGAUGGACACGGUCAAGAACCGCAUGAACUAUAGCUUGGACCAAGUCAAUGCAUUUGCGCGUGUCAUUCAACAAUGGGACACAAGAAGAGUCAUUCCACGGCUGGAGAUGGGAGUGGCUAAGCUGAAUGGACAAGAAGGGGAGAACUUUGACCCACACACGCUGGGAGACAUUCUUAUCAACACAAUGUGGGAAGUCAUGUGUGCUCCCCAGCUGAUGCAGGACGCCCGAGUCAAAGAGCUAUUCAUGAAAUUGCUGGCUGCCGUCGUGGUGUCCAAACACCCCAACUCGGUCAACCUCUUCAAACUGAAGAAUGCCAAGGGAGAUCGGACUAUAUUCCCCGGCCUUGCCCACCUCCUGCUCGAUAGCGACCCCAGAAUGAGACGAUGGGCCUUUAUCGAUAACAUCAAGGAGCUCAUUGUCGAUGGCCAGAUGGAACCAUUUUCGGACGCUGCUCUUGCCGAAUCUGGCUUCGGAAGCCUCACUCGAGAUUAUGUCGCCUUGCAGUGCAAGAAAUACGAGGAGGAGAAUCUGACGCUCGAUUUCUUGUCUGGAGGAUCCGUCCUAUUCAUGCAAUUGGGUCCUGUAUCUAUCAUGUCCAUCUGCAGUCUGGUGAACCUGCCCAAAAUGCUGGUUUCAUACCUCACCAAUCAUGAAUCGCGUCACCUGGAAGCUGCUCUGUCAUUUAUGGGUGCUGUCAUGAAGAUCGGAGACCCCUUCUGGGCGUUUGCUGCACCUAUGAACCCUCAGUACUUUCUGGACGGCCUGUUUAAGAACGCUGAGUUCCUCAAACUCAAUAGACCCACCCGAGACGGCUGGAUCAAUGCUCUUCCCGCCUCGGCCAUGUCUAAACUCAUCACUUUGUCUCUGGAACACAACCAUCCUAUUCUGUCUCUUGCUUUGAAACGUGCAGUGUGUGUUGUUUCUUCUGCUACCGAUGAUAUCAUGUCCCUGUCCGAAAGUGCACUAACGAAGAUUUCAGAGCUCAGAGCAACGUGUGAGGCCAAUGUUUCUAAACUCGUAGCUCUGCUUGGAGGUGCAGACACUGCCCGUGACAAGCUGGUUCUGUCCCUACUCUGCUCGCUGAUCAAGUACGACAUCACAUGCAUGGUUCUGGACACAAAGAAACUAGGCAGCAAAUCGGAGCCUGGGUCUGUGCAUGUCUUCAGAGAAGGACUGUGGACCCACGUUCUCAAGCUCGUGGAGCCUCCGAGACUCGAUGUGGACUUUGCACGAAAGCUAUUGGUGGCAUGCAAGCCUAUAGUCUUUCUGGAAAAGCUCACGAUCCCUAAAGAGACCUCUGCCGCCCCCUCUAAGGCCAACGAGGCCCGAACUGCAUUCAACAAGGACUUGCUCGCUAUUUCAGACUACGUGGCUGACAUUUUCAGCAGCGUCAGUAUGCUCAAGCCUGCUGAGAUUAUGGAGCUGGUGAGAGAGCGUUUGGUGCUUAUCUUUCUAUUCUCCACCUCUUCCAGCAUCAACCAGAUUGGUGCUUCUUUAGUGCGAUCUGCUGCUGCAGACUCUGGAGCAUCCGACCGGCGGGAGGCUCUGGCAGCCAUAUUUGCUGAUAAUAUUGUCAACACUUUUGAGGACUACAACGAGUGUCUUGCAUCCGUUCGACGAGAUCCCACCUUUGGAUCCUGUCAGCGGCUCAUCAAGCUGGCUAUUGAAGUGCUUGAUCUUCUGCUCAAUCCUCGUGACGGUAUGCUUGAGCGACACUCUGACAUCAACAAGCCUCUCAGCGAUUGUCUAAUGACCUUCUGGUCGGAGUCCUGGCAGGUUCUCGAGCCCAUUUACAAGCAGAGUGCCAAAUGGAGUGGCCGGUACGAGCGGUCUUUCAUGAUCACCUUCCUUACCGAUGUCCUCGACUACUCGUACAGCAUGCUGGAUUCGUUUGAACAAUUCCGAGAAAAGAUGCUGCAGUAUUCGGGAACAGAUAAGGCUCCCGAUAUGGUGCAGAAUAUUUUCACUUCUCUGCGUCAGAUGGCCGAGUGGCUGCGUCUUGCUGACGUGGAUAUGUUGCAGAAGUCUGUGGACAACAUUUGUCUGGCUCUCAAGCUGAUGAAGCGACACAAUGCCAAGCUUCCCGACGAGCUGCUGCGGGUAUUUGUCAUGUUUUCCAAGCGAGUUAAGCGAAGCAAGCUCACCAACGAGCAGUGCUCUCGACUGAUUACUGCCACAUCUGCUGUGGACAAGGAGCGGGUGGAGGAGCUGUUAUAUGAGCACAACGAGUCGCAACCCAAGAUUGUGGCCGAGCGUCCCAGACCUGUAGGCACCAAUGUCGCUCGACAGACUAACAUCACUUCCUUCGCAAAGAACAUCCCCAACCCUCCUGUUCAUGUUUCGAGCCUGGAUAAGCUGCCCGACAAGAACAAGACCCAGGACUUGUUGCGAGCUGAGCUGCGGGCCCGCCGAGCAGAGGCUGCGAAGCCUGCGCCCGCUCGACCUGCUGGAUUCAACAGAAAGCAGCAGGAAGAAGAGGAUUCUGAAUCUGACGACGAAGACGAUACUCUGUUUGCAGCCCAGAUGAAGAAGAAACUGGAGGAGACUCGUGCCCGUCGAAUCAACCAGAUUUCGUCCAUGACAAACGUCGGCAGAGCUUCCCAGAUGCGAGUGGGUAACACUCCUCGGCUGUCCAAUGCAGAGCUCAAGGAGCGGAAUAUGCGAAGUCGUCUCAACGUUCGGUUGGACAAUUUGUAUAAGAAGAUUCUACUGUGGCGAUUCAACCGAGAUGGUCAUUUCCCCACAGACGAUCAAACUCUGACUACUGUUCCUGACAAAUUUGAGAAUGUCGAGGAGUACACCAAGACGAUGGAGCCUCUUCUGUUGCUGGAAUGUUGGCAAGGAAUCACUCAGGCACGAGAGCAAUUCAACUCUAAGCAGCUCUUCAACAUCACGAUUGGUACUCGAACCUCGGUGGACGAGUUCUUUGACAUCCAUGCAUCAAUUUCCGCCGAGACUAUGAACAAUUUCAUUAUCAACGACAGCACUUUGAUUCUGCUGACUUCUACCGAAGAUUCGUCUCGAGAGACGUCGUGUCUCGGUAAAAUCAAGGAAGUCAAGGCUGCUGGAGAGUUCUUCGACAUCAUCAUUCGAACAAACAACACUGGCGUGGCCAGAGACGUUAACCCCAAGACUUCUUGGCAGGGUUACAAGGUUAUGAACAUGGUUACGAUUGAGCGUGAAUAUGCAUCUCUCAAGGCUCUCGAGUGGUACGAUCUCAAGGACGAGAUUUUGCAGGCCAAGGCAUCGCCUUUGCCAAAGGGAUCACCUUCUCAACUUGCCGAUAUUCAGAAAACUUACAAGGUCAACGAUUCUCAGGCUGCUGCAAUCUAUGGUUCUCUCAACAACACGGGCUUCUCGCUCAUCCAGGGUCCUCCUGGUACCGGUAAGACCAAGACAAUUCUCGGUAUUGUGGGCAGUUUCCUCUCCAAGAAAGCCUCUGAUAUUGGCAAUGACAACAGACGAAUUCUUUUGUGUGCUCCUUCUAACGCCGCCGUGGACGAAUUGGUGCUGCGACUCUCCGACGGUAUCUAUUCCUCUUCUGGUCAAAAGUCUGAGCCCAAGAUCAUCCGUAUUGGCCGAUCUGAAGCCGUCAACUCCAAGGUCAAGAAGUAUGUUCUCGAAGAGCGGGUUGACGCACUACUCAAGGAGCAGGAGAAAGACAGUGUGGUCAACAGUACUCCCGAGCUUCGUCAGAAGAUGAACAAGCUUCUUGACGAGCGUAAGGAGCUGUCUGCCAAGCUCGAUGACAACAGUGUCAAACUCAGCAACGACGAGGUGGCCAGUAUCCAGUCCCGUCUCAUGGUGAUCAACCGAGAGAAGAACAAGAUUGGAUCUGAAAUUGAUCAACAGCGAGAGAAACAUGCUGCCAACUUCCGACGAAAGGAGACCGAGAAGCGAAACCUUAACAUUCGGGUUCUCAAGGAGGCUGAAAUCAUAUGUUCUACUCUGUCUGCGUCUUCCCACAACAUGCUCAAGAGUCUGGGUGUAGCGUUUGAGACGGUCAUCAUCGAUGAGGCCUGUCAGUGUAUUGAAUUGUCGGUUCUCAUCCCCAUGAAGUACGGAUGUACCAAUGCCAUCAUGGUUGGAGAUCCCAACCAGCUACCCCCCACCGUUCUCUCUACUGUCGCUGCAAAGUCUAAGUAUGAACAGUCGCUGUUUGUGCGUAUGCAGACCGCCAACCCUUCAGCAUUGCAUAUGCUUGAUACACAGUACCGUAUGCAUCCUGACAUCUCUGUGUUCCCUCGUGAGCAGUUCUAUCGGGGUAUUCUCAAGGACGGUGCAGGUAUGGCUGAAAAGACAAAGAAGCCGUGGCACGAGUACAAGCAGCUGGCACCCUACGCCUUUUUUGACGUUGCGGGCAACCAGGAGGCUACGCGAAACCAUUCCUUCUUCAAUGACGCCGAAGUCCACCUUGCCGACCAGCUAUACAGACUCAUGUCCAACAUGUACGGCAAGAUUGACAUUGGUAUCAUUUCUCCUUACAAGCAGCAGGUGCUGCGUCUGAAGCGACAUUUUACCCGAGAGUACGGAGGAGAUAUUCUGGACAAAAUUGAGUUCAACUCUGUCGACGGUUUCCAGGGUCAAGAGAAGGAUAUCAUCAUCAUGUCGUGUGUUCGAGCUUCUCCCGAUUCUGAUUCCGUUGGUUUCUUGGCCGAUAAACGGCGAAUGAACGUCGCCUUUACCCGAGCGCGGUCGUCCAUGUGGAUUCUUGGUAACGCCGACACUCUCAGUCGAAACACCAUUUGGAGAAAAGUCGUUAACGAUGCCAGAAACAGAGACAUGUUGAUGGAUGGUAACCGACCUCUGCGAAAGCAGGAUCUGAUUGUUGCUGGUUCCACUGGACCAUCUUCUGGCUCUGCAGCUCCCCCCGAGACUCCUACUGGCCCUGCUGCAGCUGGACAGAAGCGAAAGAGCGACAGCAACUCUUACCAGGGCCGAGAGAAGCGCCCGGACAACCGGGACAACCGAGACCGAGACAACCGGUCUGACUCUCGCAACGAUUGGUAUGACAGCCGAGGAGACUACUACAACGAUUCCAGUUUUGACAACAAUAGAAACAAUGGAUCCGGUGACAGGAACGGUGGCCGUGGAGGCUACCAGGGCAACAACAACCGUGGAGGCUACCAGGGUGACCGAGGAGGUUAUCAUGGUGACCGAGGAGGUCAUUACGGCGGAGACUCUCAUCGUGGGGGACGAGGUGGUUACCGUGGCGACUACCAAGGAGGACAUAGCGGAGGAGAGUAUAGAGGUGGAUAUCAGGGUCUUCCUGGAGGUGGGCGAGGAGGAUAUCCGCCGCGUGGAGCUUCCAGAGGGAAUGCUCCUUAUAGAGGUAGUCGAGGACGACCGCCACCCAGCAUGUUUGUUCCUUCUAAAAGAGGCCGUGGGGCCUAG